AGCCGAGCUACGGCUGAUUCCUCAAAAGAAAGGUGUGAAGAAAUUUAUUCGUACGGUUGACCAGAAUUUCUACAACAAUGGGAGCAGCUGGGGGAGGAAGGAAUUCAUGCCUUGGCACGAGGUGUGUGAUCCCCAGAAGGGAUACAUCAAGGAUGACAAGAUCAUACUGGAGGCCUACGUGAAGGCAGAUGCUCCAUGUGGUGAGAAGGAGAUCAUCGUUGACAACAUUGACAGCGAAGAGAUGGAGGAAGAGCCUCAAAGUCAGGCAACUGUUCGUUUCACCAUGAAGAAUGUCAGUAAGGUCACAGAGAGGAAGUUCAGUCAUGCAGUCUUCAUCCAAAACCUCCCAUGGAAAAUACUGGCCAAGCCCUCUGGUGACUUCAAUUAUGCCUGGCUACCCAACAAGAACCUUGCUGUCUUCCUUCAUUGUGAUGCCGAGUCCAAAAGCUUUUGGUCCUGCCAUGCUUCAGCUGAGCUGCGGUUGAUCCCUCAGAAGAUAGGUGUGCAGCCAUUGACACGUAAUAUUGACCAUAUUUUCUACAACAAAGAUAGGAGCUGGGGGACUACGUGCUUCAUGCCGUGGCAUGAGGUGUGUGAUCCACAGAAGGGAUACAUCAAGGAUGACAAGAUCAUACUGGAGGCCUAUGUGAAGGCAGAUACUCCUCGCGGAAUGAAGGAAAUCACCCUGGGCAACAUUUUCGGUGAAGAAAUUCAUGAGAAGAUUGAGUCAGUACCUGAGGCAACCAUUCAUUUCACUGUGGAGAACUUCAGUGAAGUCAAAGAGCUAGAGAGGCGGUACACUAACCCAAUCUUUAUCCGUAACCUGCCAUGGAAAAUAGUGGCCAAGUAUGAAGAGGACACCAAAAGCCAGCCACCAAACAAGAAGACUCUUGGCUUUUACUUGAAGUGUGAUGCCGAUUCCAACAGCUUCUGGUCCUGUCGUGCAUCAGUCAAGUUUCGGCUGAUACCACAGAAGGCAGGGGUAAACAUUCAAUAA